CCACGUUAUUGUCCACUGCAGAUCUACCAAACGAAAAAUGGCCAGCCAUCAAACACAGGGCAUCCAGCAAUUGCUGACAGCUGAAAAAAGGGCCGCCGAAAAAGUCGCUGAAGCAAGAAAACGCAAGGCAAGAAGAAUUAAGCAGGCAAGAGAGGAAGCUCAAGCAGAAGUGGAGUUUUACCGUAAAGAGAGAGAACGUUUGUUCAAGGAAUAUGAAGUAAAGUAUAUGGGAAAAAGGGAGGACACUGCCGCUAAAAUCGACAAGGAAACCGAAAAGCAAAUUCAAGAGCUUUCCAAAAAUGUUUCCGAAAAUAAAGAUCAGUUAAUUCAGGAUUUGAUCGAGUUGGUUUGUGAAGUAAAUCCGGAGGUUCAUCCCAACUUCCACAUCAUGAAGACAUUUAAUAUGAUAUAAUUUCAUACUUAUGCUUAUAUACUGUUAUUUCUUCAGAAGUAUUAUUACUGUUAAUUGUUUAGUUACCUCUAUUUUUUCCUCACAUAUUGUAUGUAUGUAGAUAUUGGUUUAUUCUCUGCACAGCAUAUUCAAUAUAUUUUUGUUGAGAA